UCAUUUUCUUCUUUGACCACGAACGGCUUGUAUUUGGAAUGUUAUAUCAAUGGUAAGAGAUCCUGCGUGAGAAUGUAUGACCACUAGCCCAAGAAGACCAUUCUCUCUCUCAAAAUUUUCAAUACUUUAGCCGCAUUCUCUUACCAGUUUGAACAAUUUCUUGUUUCUCCUUUUUCAGAUCUGUUCAUCGAUUUCUCUACUUUUGGCUAAAACCCUUGAGCAACAAUUUUAUUAUCGCCUUCUUCUUCGUCUUCUUACAUGGACGACAUUGAUGUCCCUCAGUAUUUUAUCUGCCCAAUAUCUCUCCAAAUCAUGAGAGACCCUGUAACAGCCAUCACUGGAAUUACAUAUGAUCGAGAGAGCAUCGAGCAUUGGCUAUUCACAAACAAAAACACAAUCUGUCCUGUUACCAAACAGCCUUUGCCUGAAGAUUCUGAUUUGACCCCUAAUCACAAUUUGCGUAGAUUAAUCCAGGCUUGGUGUAUUGAGAAUGCUUCCAAUGGUGUUGACAGGAUUCCUACUCCUAAACCUUGUCUGGACAAGUUCCAUGUACUUAAACUCAUUAAAGAUCUUUGUCUUCCUCAGCUUCAGAUGAAAAGUAUCAGAGAGUUGGAGCUGCUGGCCGCCGCGAAUGAAAGGAACAGGAAGCACAUGGCGGAAACUGGGUUGCCGAAGGCCUUGUUGAUGUUUAUAUUAACAUGUUUCAAGCAGGGACGGAGACUUGAUGGUCUGCAAGAAGCACUCAGUAUUCUCUGGUUGAUUCGAAUUCCUUGUGGCGAAUCCAAGGCUUUUCUCGUCGGAAACGACCAAAUCAUCGACGCCUUGGCAUGGCUUUUAGGGUGUAAUUUUCAUAAUAACUUCACUGUUAAAUCUCAUGCAGCUUCGGUAUUGAAGAUGCUGUUUGAGGAAGCGAGCUCUAGCGUACUAGAAAGGCUAAAACCUGAAUUUUUUGAGAGAGUUGUUGGCGUUAUAAGAGACAAAAUCACCCAACAAGGAAUAAAUUCUGCUUUAAAAGUGUUGUUAAUUGCUUGUCCUUGGGGGAGAAAUCGGAUAAUGAUGGUUGAAUCUGGAGCUGUUUUCGAGCUUAUAGAGCUUGAAUGGAGAUCGCCGGAGAAGAAAACAACAGAGAUGAUAUUGGGGAUACUGUUUCAUCUAUGUUCUUGUGCUGAUGGAAGAGCACAGUUCUUGAGUCACAGAGGUGGAAUUGCAGUGGUUGCAAAGAGGAUCUUAAACGUGUCUCCGGCGGCAGAUGAUCGGGCCGUUUUGAUCCUUGCAUUGAUAUGCAAAUUCUCAGGAACAAGCGUGGUGCUUAAUGAAAUGUUGAAUGUUAAAGCUGUUUCAAAGCUUUGUAUGAUGCUUCAAGCUGAUUGUGCAGCUUAUUUGAAGCAAAAAGCCGGGGAAAUUCUUAGAUCACAUUCCGAUGAGUGGAUGAAUUCUCCUUGCAUGGAUAAUGCUUCUCUCUUGACCAGGUAACUACAAGUGAUUUCUUCCUCAGCCGGCUAGCCGGCCUUAAGAUAAAGGAAGACUUGUGCAAACCAACUACAUUCAAAUAAUGUUAUGUGGAAAAUAUUUGCACAUACCGAAUUUCUAUAAAAAAAAAAAAAUAGAUGGAUCUACUUUAAUGUUUAUUCUUUGGUUUUGAAUGAUCAAGUCUUUGAGAUUUACAGCUUUUCCCUUACUGCUUUUAGAAAGAUUUUG